AUGGUCCUCACCGUCUCCGCCCGCGUUUCUCUCUCGUCUCCUGCUCCCCGUUUUCUGCUCCACGUCUCUCGUUCGCAGCCAUUGGCGGAGCAGUCGCAGCGUGGGUAUGCGACCGGCGGCGACUACGGCCGCGACAGCCACCAUUCUCCGCAGCGCAACCAGUCGUCGCAUCAGCCGCCGCCGGCGCAGCCGUCGAACAAGAAUCGCAGCCCGAUCGCGCGCGCUCGCCACGACGCGUCCCGCCUUCCCGACGACGCGCAACCCUCCGCACUCCCGGACCUCGCGGACCCCGACUCCGCGCCCGCCAGCCAUCCGCUGCCCUUCUUCUUCCCCAUGCGCCCCUCCGCGCGCGCUUCUUCUCCGCCUGACGGGCAUGACGGGGGGGGAGGCGGAAGGGAAGGGGGGCGAAUGGGCACCGACAUCACCCCUCUCCACUACCCCUCCGCCUCCCAAAUGCACCCCUCAGCACCCAUCUACACCUCUCCCUCCACUGCCCCUACAACACACCAGCACCACCACCAUCAACACAACCAACACCAGCAACACCAGCAACACCAGCAACACCAGCAACACCAGCAGCACCAGCAGCAGGAGCAGCAGCAGGCGCACGAGUCCUCCCCGCAGCCCCUCCCCCCGCCCCACUCCGCGGCCCUCUCCGCGCCCCCUGUGCCCUCGCCAAUGGCCGCGGUGCCGGGCCCAAGUCUGAGCUCCAAGGCGCGCCGCUUUGUGCGCCGCGACGACCUCAUCUGGGGCGCAUUCUUCUUCUUCACGCAUUACUACCGCCCUGCGCUCAAUGACAAAGCCAAGAGGGAGGGGCAGCAAGUGGCAGGGAAGAAAGAAGCAGCAGAUUCAAGUUUUGAGACGUCUCGAAAGAAGCAGCAGAUUCAAGUUUUGAGACGUCUCGAAAGAAGCAGCAGAUUCAAGCAUGACCUCACCCCCCUUCCCUACCCUUUCCGUAACCCCUCCUCCGCUUCCCUCCUUCCCUCCCUCUUGCCCCCACCUCUCCCUCUCCCCUAUGCGUGCCUCCCUUUUUUCUCCUCCCCCGCAUCCGCCCCCUCCCCCUCCCCGCUCCCCCGCCUUCCCCCUGUGUUCCCCCCACAGCAGGCGCGGCUGGUGGGGAGGGAGUGGGUGGGGGUGGUGGAGAAGGCGGAUGUGCGGCUGGAGGAGUUCAUGGCGCGGCUGGUGGGGAGGGAGUGGGUGGGGGCGGUGGAGAAGGCGGACCUGCGGCUGGAGGAGUUCAUGGUGCAGCACGACAUGGAGAACUGCUACAUGUGGGCCUUCCGCGUGCGCCCGCACAACGCCCUGGGCAAGAUGCAGCUGCGCUCCUACAUGAACGGCCACUCCAGGUGGGAUGUGGCCGGGGUGCAGUGUGUGUUGGUUGGAGGGUUACAGGCCGGGCUGCUCAAGAUGCUCGAGAAGACCAUUAGAAGAGAAGGGAGGAGCAGGUUAAAUGUGUGUUUCGUUACAAUGCUCACUCACUCUCUUCCCGUCACCGUUGCCCUCCACCUCGCCCUCCACCUCGCCCUCCACCUCGCCCUCCACCUCGCUCUCCACCUCGCCCUCCACCUCGCCCUCCACCUCGCUCUCCACCUCGCCCUCCACCUCGCCCUCCACCUCGCUCUCCACCUCGCCCUCCACCUCGCCCUCCACCUCGCUCUCCACCUCGCCCUCCCUUUUCCCCCCUUCCUCACCCUCCCUAGUACUCUCCCAAAGCUCUGUUGGGCCGAUUCAGCUUCUCAUGAGUUCGGAGAGCCGCAGUUCCCAUUCAGUGCGGAGAAGGGAUUUGUGCGGUCGCACCGCAUGCAGCGCAAGCGCUACAAGGGGCUCUCCAACCCACAGUGCAUCCACGGCGUGCAGUUCCUGCGCACUCCUGACCUCUCCUGCGUGCCCCCGCAUGAACGCCAGCGCUGGAUCGACCUCACAGGCCGCGAGUGGGGCUUUGUGUUGACCAACGAAGCGGACGACCUUCCUGUCCCUGUCUCAGGACCACCACCCUGGGCUUCUCAUGGACCUGGAGAGGGGCGAGGAGGGGGCUGGGGCGGAGAUGGCAGGGAGGCAGAGCUGUUACGAGGAGUGGAAAGGGGUGAAGCGCGGUUGGAGGAGAGGGGUCGGCGAGGGAGGGAUGGGGACGGAGUGGCGUGUAGGGGUGCGGGGGCUGGUGUGUUUUCUGACGGCCCUCCAAUGACCACGCUGAGCCUUGCAGAUUCCGUGGGCCUGGCGCAUGGAGGGGGCGCAAGGGGCAGGGAGGACAUGGAGGUGGAGGUAUCAAAGGAGGGGUCGCCACAGGAGCAGUCGGAGGAGCAGAUCGUGCAGCCGCCCUACUGGCUCUCCGAGUGCUACGGCGUGCUCACCCAGGUGCGACCUCCCCCAGGUGCGACCUCCCCCAGGUGCGACCUCCCCCAGGUGCAACUUCCCCCAGGUGCGACGUCCCCCAUAUGCGAGAUCUCUCAGGUGUCGGGCCCUGUGUCGGGCCCUGUGACGUGUGCCAAGACACUCUAUGAGGAUGCCACGUCAUUCCUGAUCCUCGUCAGCCUGCCCUUUGCUGACCUGUCCAAGCUCCGGGUGACGUGGCGCAACUCCCUCUCGCAUGGCAUUGUCAAGGUGCAAUGUGCCUCAUCCAUGCGCCAGCCUUCCCUAAUCCGCUGGGACCGGGCCUUCCACCUCACAGACCCGCACCCCGAGCACUGCCCUCCAGGGGAGUUCGUGCGCGAGAUAGUGCUCCCCUCCAGGAUCCCCGACAGUGCAGACGUCAAGGCUUUCUUCUCAGAUAGCGGAGGAGGUGUGGAGAUUCUGGUGCCUAAGUUGGUGCCUGUGAGCCAGUACCACGAGAGGGAGGUGCGGGUGUUUCUGCCGCCUAAGGCCGCAAACUGA